AUGAAGACUUACUUGUAUUUAACAGUUUUAUUUUCUUUGGCUGGAUUUCUUACACAAGUUAGAGGAGAGUUGAAGGAUUCGCUUGUAACUUUGAAGCUGGAUGUGCAGAAACUCCGAGAUCGUGUGACAGAUCUUGCGUCAAGAUUGAAAAAUGCAGAAAAGACAAAAUUUGAUCUUACUGAUAGAUUGUCCAAGGCGAUGAAAACAAUCGAAAAUUUAAAAUCAGAGCGUACGGUAAAGAAACGAGCAUUCACUUCUUCCCAGGUGGCGUUUUAUGCUGCGUUGAGACACAGUGUACAUGCUAUGGAUCCUCAUCAUGCCGUUGUCUUCGAUGACGUAUUCACUUCAACCAGCCCUGACGUCUACAACGAUGUAAAUGGCAUGUUUACUGCUCCAGUUUCUGGACUAUAUUGUUUCUCUUGGACAAACAACGUUGACGCUACCGACUACCAGUCCACUGAAUUAGUACUUGAAGGUAAACCACUUGCGUGGGCGUAUGCAGACACAAAAGGUGACCAGAAUGAAGACGAUUAUGGUAGCUCCUCCCAAACAAUUCUUUUGAAGGUUGACAAAGGAAAACAUGUUUGGAUUCGAACAGGAGCACAAGGUAAAGGAACUUUACACGGCGAAGACUACACCACGUUUUCUGGAUUCUUAGUGUACCAGAUAAACGAUAGCGCUUCGACUGGUGAUUAGAUGCAAAAUCUUAUCUCACAAGGAAAAACUUGUCAUUAUGAUUUGAAAAAUAAAAUUAUGUUGACUUAG